AUGCUUCCCUCUCAGAUGCAUGUUCUUCUGGUGGUUCUCUUUCCGUCUGUGCUUCUACUCCAUGUCAGCUGUGUUCCACAGAGACACAUGGAGACAGAAGCAAUAAGGGCAGAGCUUAUGAACGACGAGAGAAGUAUUACACUUUCUUUCUCAUCAUUAUCAAACUUUUUCAUCCUACAGGAUCACUUGUUGAGGUUAAUGACCAAGCCGCUGGCAGAGAGAGUUGUGGAGAAGAUGCUGGUCAAGCUGGAGGAGGAUGAAGAGGAUGAGGAGAAGACAGGAGCCGGGGAGAAGAAGAUGAUGAUGCAACGACAUCCCACUCAAUCGCAAAGGGAGCGAAAAACCGGCUGUCGUAACUUUUUCUGGAAGACAUUCACGUCGUGUUAAUGAAAAACGUGCUGGCGACGUCCUUGUUCGUUUUGUAUGAACAGGAAAAUGUGGGAUCUUACUGUGGUUGUAAUUGAUGCUGAAGUGUUUCUGGAUGAUGUCACAAACAUAGUAAUGCAUGUUUUUAAACUGGCAAGACCAUCCAAUGAAAAAUAAAGUUUCUAAUUUAAAGAACACAUUUCUUCACUCAUCUGAUUUGUA